CUUAUUUUUUGAUAAAAUUAAAUAAUUAAUGUGAUGUAAUCAAAAAACAACUAAAAAUUUAAUUUUUAUACAAUUUCAAUCAUUUGUUCUCCUUUUUUACAUUCUAAGUUAUUAUUUUAAACAUGCAGUUUGACUAUAAAAGAUUGCUUCCAUACUUUCCUAGAUUUAUGAGAACCUAUUAUGAAGAAAAUUUGUAUCUACUUCAAAGAGAUAUAAAAUAAUUAGCUUCAUUUGGGAGAAUAGGAGCAAAGACAAUUUUUAUAAUUUUGACAUUUAGCUACUUUGAUCAGAAUUACUUUAAAUUCGGAAAUAUAAAUAUGAAAACUCCCAAUAUUAUAUCAAGAAUACAUCCUAUUCACAUAAGUUUUCCAGUAUAUGACGCUCCUUUACCAAAAGAAUUUGAUGAAUUUGAAGAAUAUAGAGACUUUAUUUAAAAAUUGAAUUAUUCUAUUAAAGGAAGUACAAUAAAUUUAGCUUUAAAAUACUAAGAUGAUCCAAAAUAAGAAGAAGGAAGACUAGUAGAUGAAUUUUUGUUUGAUAACGAGUAUAUUCGUGUGAGAGAUCUUUCUAGAUUUUAAGCUUUAAAAUAAAUGUAAGUAUUGGGUUUUAAGGAAAUAAAAAAUGAAAAUGAGCUAAAUAUGAGAAAGACUUAAUUAAAAAAUUUCAAGGCUAAGAUCAAGCCAUGUGCAGAGUGAGUGAGUGAAUAAAUUAAAUUAAUGAGAGACAAAUUCUAUAUAAUUUAUAAUACAUUAACUAAGGCAAUUGGAUUAGUUUUUAGAUUUAACUUAAUAUUAUUAUAAAUAUGAAUUUCGCAUACAUGCAUAUAACUUAUUUAUAGAAUUCAUUUUUAUCAUGAUUUAUAAUAUA